AUGAACAGGUCUUCUAUCAGCAACCCUUCCGUAGACCAUAACAACGAAACCAAAUCCAAUCUUGAACAAACACAUUCGCCAGUUAUUUCAUGGACAACAACAGAUGUUACGAACUGGCUCGAAUCUUUGAAUCUGUCGAAUUUCAUCCAUCGGCUAUGCACAGAGAAUGGCGUCGACGGGUUAACAUUGCUUAUGAUGAAGGAGGACGAUCUAAAGCAGCCACCGUUGUCCAUCGAACGUUUGCGUGAUAUUAAAAAGCUUUGGUAUCACAUUCGUUUGCUUCAGUGUCAACAAAAUGAUUUCUACUCUUCACUGGACGACCGCUUGACAAAGCAUAAUCAUUCGUCAUUAUCACCUUCUCAUUUACUAGGAACAAACGAAGAUUCAUGUUCAAUACACGCGAAAACAAAGCCGAUUUUCAAGACGUUGAAUGGAGAGAAACGUAAAACUCUAGUGAGUUUUAUCUAUGCAUUGAUUAGUGGCAUAUGGACCUCGUUCAUAAUGGUAGUUGUACACAAUCGAGUACCGAAUGUGCAAAAGUAUCCGCCAUUGCCUGAUCUUUUUCUCGACAAUAUUCCACUGAUUCAUUGGGCAUUUACAGUCAGUGAGUUUUUGAUUGUUGUCAUGGGUAUCACAUUCUUACUGAUUUUGAUUUUUCAUAAAUAUUGGAGUAUCAUAUUACGGCGAUUUUUCGCUCUCGGUGGUACCAUCUUCUUUCUUCGAUCAAUUACAAUGUUGGUGACAUCACUGAGUGUUCCCGGUCAACAUCUUGAAUGUACACCGUUACAAUAUGGCACAACUCGAGAAAUUUUUACUCGUUGGCUUCAAAUUUUCCUUUUUCAAGGUUUAUCCAUCCAUGGUAUUCGUUCCUGUGGUGAUUACAUGUUUUCAGGCCAUACGGUGAUGUUAACACUGUUAAAUCAUUGUAUAACCGAAUACACAACUUCCGAUUUCUAUGUUGUUCAUCUUCUCUCUUGGCUUUGCAACAUCCUCGGUAUGAUUUUGAUCUUGGCUGCGCAUGAACACUAUACCAUUGAUGUUUUGAUUGCAUUCUUCUUAACCAGUCGGUUAUUUCUCUAUUACCAUUCAUUAGCUAACAAUGCUGUUCUGCAUUCAAUAUCAGAUAACCGUUUAUCCAUUUGGUUUCCAAUGUUUUCUUAUUUCGAGAGAAACAUUCAGUGUAUGGUGCCGAAUGUUUUACGUGUGCCAUGGCCAUUGGCAUUGAUCUAUAGCCACGAGGACGAUGAAGAGAACAAAAACGAUAAAACUCCGCUAAUUAAUUGUGAUAAUGAGAGGUGUAUGCACCGGAAAAAACAAUAA